GGUUUACAGAAAUUGUGAGCCCCGAUUUUGGCAAUAAUUUUGAUGAAAUUCCUUGGCAAUGUGUGUUUUUAAAAUAAAAUUGAUUAGAAGUUUUAGUAAUGCUGUCCACCAAUGCAAAUAGUAGAGUGAAAAACCCGAAAGUAACUGAUGAUACUUCGGAUAGGGAAGAAAUCGGACAUGAAAACACAGCGGAUGAUAAGGUCAGAGGUUAUAUCGGGUCCUACGAUGGCCCGUCGUCUUUCGGGGGGCCGAGAGACCCCCGGUUCCGGUCUCGGGGUCGCGUCACCGAGUUCCGGCACUCCCGAGGCGGCGGGAGAGGUGGAACGCGAGGCAGAGGUGGUUUCCCGCCACGCGGGGACCGCGAAGACAAUUCCUACAAAUACCACGAACCGCUUACCGCGGCCAGUAACGACUCUUGGUCGCAGGGAAACAGUAACAAAUACUACGAGAGAUCGGAUUUAGUCGUCAAUCUUCCGGAGGACCCGCGCAUAUCGAAACUGUUGCGGCGCCUCUGCGCCGAGGUCGACGUGGAGAAGUCCCUUCUGAUCUGUAGCAAACUGCAGGACGCAGUGAUGAUGCCCGAAAACGCCAGAUACAUUAGAAGAUCCUAUGACAUACUCGUUGACUCGUUGUUAGAUGUUCUGUAUGAUGCACCAAGUUUAGAGACCAAGGAGAGUGCUGCUGUGGUGCUGGGGAGAAUCGGCUAUAUAAUGGGUCCAGAUUUUCGUAAACAUCUUGAGUGGAUUGAGUCCAACUACUCUGUACACAAUGCAUCCAUCAAACAUUUGCUGACACUGUCGUUUACUGAGACAUUUCAGCUUGACUACGAGACCCCACAUUUGUCGGACUUCGCUGAGCUAGCACUUGAGAAGUUGCAAGUCAUAAUUGAAGGGACAGAUUCUGCUGAAGUAUUCAUGGCGGCCAUCAAUGCCAUGAUCCUGUUAUCCAACUCUUAUCCGGAACACUUUGCAAAUCACUUUGUGGAUACUGUGGACAUUUUAGUCGGCUGGCAUGUGGACAACGCUCAGCCCAAGAAUGUAAAAGACUUUGCUCUUCAGUCCCUAUAUAAACUGAGCCGGCACUGGCAGGCGGAUGUUGUAUUCUCCAUCAAUUUGCUCAAACAAUUUAUUGAAGAUAUGGUAGCCUACAGCAAUGACUUAGAAACCAAAGACAACAAAGACUCCGAUGAUGGGUCUCAAGAGGAUUGUAUGCAGAAGAUCUCUUCAUUUCUUAAUGUUUUUAACACAGUGGUCAGAAGUUUGGGGAGCCUUCUGAAUCCCAAUGUUUCCCAAACUGUCACAUGGAGUUUUCUAGUGGACUCCUUGACUAAGAUACUGCAAGUUAUUAUGGAUACCUUAAAGGAUGAUGCUGAAACUGAUUUGAUACUGGCUGGUAAUGAGUGUAUAAUACUGAUGCUUAAAUAUUUACAGUCCAAAUCCACCUCCUGCUCUGCAUUGCUGUUUGAACUUAUAGGAGUAGAGAUGGAGAACUACUUGCAAGUAGAUGACUUGGUGUGCCUGAGUAUCAUUCAUUUAAUAUCAUCUACUAUAAAGGAAAUUGCUUCCAACUUACCUAUAGAGUUCAUCACUCAAAUCAUUGGCCCAGACUCUGUAUUAAGGCAAGUAAGAUAUACCAAUAAUCUGCAGGUCAUGACGGCAGUUAUGACUGUUUACAGCAACUUGUUAAACCUAAAGAAUAUACCACUGUUGCAGGAGACCUAUAAGUAUGUUCUGUCAGACCUACAAAAUUCUUUUGCUGUUAUUGUACCUAACAUACACAUCACUCAAGUUGAAUAUACAGAAGUAGUAAGUAAGGAUGAUGCAGAGAAAAAUAUCAUUUUCUACCUGCAGUGCCUAUCUGAACUGGCUAAUGCAAGCAAUUCUAUAAUUGGAAUGUGGGCUCUGCAACCUAGUAUACUAGAGUUACUGGCUAUAAAAAUGUGCCCACAUGACAAAACUUUGACGAGAGAAAGACCAGCCCUGCAUUAUGCCAUACUCUAUCUCCUCUACUCUCAUUGCAAGAAGAACAACCAUUUCAUAUCUUCAAGUGAUUUAGUAUCGAGCACCCAACAGAGAGCCAGUGACCUUUUUGGCCUUACCAACUUGAAUUUAGGUGAGGUUUCCAGUAAAAGCCCAACUUCAGGCCAUCUUGCAGUUAUUUUGAAUACACUGGGUAUGAUUCUAGAUGAACAAGUACCGAAAGAGACAACAUUGUUGUUAUUAAAUUGGGCCUUUGAUAUAUUUAACCAGCUGGACAAGUAUUUGCCAAUAGUGAGUGUAUCUAUUCUUGUGCUGAUAACAAAUAUGCUGAAACUCGGAUACAGCUUUGAUGAUGACAUAGUCUUACUUGUGCUAAAGAAUUUUGAUUUUCUUUUGAACAAUAACAACUUAGUUUGUAAUGCUUUAUUAUAUAAGACUUUGGCAAUUUUAUGCAUGCUUCAUGUUGACAGUGGAAACAAAACUGUAGCCAAGCUGAGUAAACAAGUGGCUUUUAAACUGCCGUGGGAUGUUGUUCAGCAAGAAUUAGACAAGCAAGUUGUGAAAAUAUUUACGAACCGUAAAACAACUCCGUGCAAUAUAAGUUGGGACACAAAAUUAAAUUCAUUCAAGGAUUAUUUGACCAAAGGAUCAUUUCAAGUCUUACCAACACAUCACUUUAAGGUUAUAAUGAACAGUUUAAUGCUAGUCAAUAAUGAAGAAAAGAGCUUUUUGCUCGAUAUAUUUAUGUCAUCCUGGCCAUUGCAAGCCCAAGAGGGUGAUGAAUGUAAUCAUCUAUUUUUUCGACAAUGUGUUACAAGCUUCACAUCAAUGACUAUUAGCUGGGCUCUUUCAGAAUUAGCUCACACUUGUAUAUCACUAAAACUCAGAACAGCUCUUGGCAAACCACAGGAGACAUUCACUAAAAUAGAAGGAACUUUAAAAGGAAUCGCAAGGGAAAUAUCUUCAGUUGAAUCAAAAUAUGUCAGUGGGGACCAAAAGAAAAUUCACGAUGUUGUUGUCGCGGAGCAGACCAGGGCUAGAUGGCUCAUUGAGUUUAUGAUGUUCCUAGAGAAGUACACCUUCAACGCCGCAGACGGAACAGCUACAGUUCUUACGGUAGUACCCAAACCUGUGAAGACUUUCUUCCAUACAAACUGGCCAACCUGUCGCGAAUGGCAAAACAGAAUUCGACCAGCAGCCCUGGUCGUGAGUAUAUAUUCGGGAGAAUACGGUGCUGCAAUUUGUCACGGUUCAUUUAUACUUCAGAAUGCUUUAAAAGCAAAAACGAAUAACGAUAUCGAAGUAAUAGCAAUGAGCAUGGCAAGGGCUUUAAUAAAAAUACAGGAACCAGAAGUCAUAAGUGGGCUCUAUGCAUGGAUAAAACAGAAAUUUGAUGUCAAAAUUCCUUGGCUAAAGGCUGCCGCUGAACAAGCAAAAUCGAGAUUUGAGGGCGCCAUUGACUUGUACCAACGUCACGAUGAAGCUAAAAAUGAUGAAGAAGAAAAAGACAAGCCAAAUAAUGUUAAAAAUGACGUCAAGAUUAAUAAAUUUGUAAGUGAACAACUUACGCAGUGUUACAAAAGCAUUCAGAGUUGGGAGGAGCUUCAAAAUUGGAAUGAAAAAGAAAACGAAAAACAGUCGCGUACAGAUUCUUUGGAGCAUGCAUUAAAAUUGUUUGAAGAAGGUAUGGAAGUUCCAGAACUUAGUAACUGGGAUGUGCUAGAUGUCGAUGCAAAGGAAAUACACAAAAGUAAUAAUUCUUAUGAAGAAGUACUGAAUAAAAUAGAAAUAACGCUUAAAGGCGCUGCACUUAAUAUUUUUCAUUACGAUUACGAUCAGAAGUACAUGGACGUCCUAAACAGUUGUGAAGCUAUUUUAAAUCAUAGCACAGAAGAAUUUUCAAGAACUAAUGCAAUUUCUUUUCUAAAAGAAAUUGCUGUUCUUCAGUUAGCUACUCAUGGUUUGAUAAAUGUCAUACAUAAUGGAAAAGCAAUUGUAAAUCCUUUUAAGCCAGCUAUAAAAGAAAAUAAUUAUGGAACUGACAUGAAAAAUCUAAGUAGAGUGAUGUGGUGGCAUCAAUACUUUUCAAAAAUGCAUAUGACGGAAGAAAACAUAUUUUAUAACGAGUGUCUUCGCUUAGACAUAAUAAGGAGUGCACGCAAGAAUGUAAACACACAAAUGGCGGAAAGAGAACUAUUAAAACAUUUUAAGCAGAACCAACCAUUACAAAUGUGCUUAAACUUUGAUAACUUAGAUGAGUUAAGUGAAAUUUUGAUUGCGUCUCCCAAUACUUACGAUAUGGACAUAUGGACGUUGAAUAAUGCAACUGCACUGACAGAGCUUUGCAAAGUUACAUAUACUAGAGAAGAUUUAAGAAAACGAGCCAUAAACCUAUGUGCCAGUAUUUCUCUUGGAUUUUCACAAAGACUGGCCAUGGGAGAACAAAGUUAUGAACUACGCGAGAAGGGAACCAGGAUGCUACUUACGCUAUCAAAGUGGGUCCAAAAUGAAAAUGAAGAUAUACUGGAAAGCGACUCCCCACUGCUAAAACUGGUGUCUGCUCUACCUGAGAUAGGCUUAGUAGACAAUAAUGUUUCGGAAAAUGUAAUACCUUUGUCGGAUUCAGCUGUUGGUAAACUUUUACAAUUCGGCGUUAACCAAUGUCCAGGAUUGGCUAAGGCGUGGGCAAAUUUUGCUGCUUGGUGUUUCAGAUGGGGACGCAAAAUGGUCGAAUUCAGUUCUAAAACUCGAGAGCAGCUAACCGACAAUGAUAAACUUCAAAUAGAAAGCGUUAUGAUCGGAUGUUCCCAACAAGAUUUUGAAGCCGUAUGCGAAAUACUGUCGAAAACGAAGGCGACGUGUGACGAAGAAGAUAUCGAUUGGAAUGAAAUUAAUACAUCAGAGAUGAUAGAGAGUCAAUUGCGGACUGUUCCAUCACUCAACAACGCUUAUCCGGAGCAUCUAGCGCUUCUCGUGAAUAUAUGGCGUCAAGCUCAGAAGCGAGUGUUUUCUUAUUUCGAAUUGUCAGCUGACGCUUACUUUAAAUUUUUGCAAUUGAUAUGUGCUUCAGAUUAUAUAAACCAUAGCGGAGAAAAUGCCGUAGUAAAUGCCACACUUAGACUAUUGCGUUUAAUCGUAAAACACGCCAUGGAGCUGCAGAGUGUUCUGGAGUCUGGAUUGGCAAACACACCCACUCAACCCUGGAAAGUUAUAAUUCCGCAAUUGUUUUCAAGACUCAACCAUCCCGAGACUUAUGUAAGAAAGUGCGUAUCAGAUUUACUAUGUAGACUGGCGGAAGACACUCCGCAUCUUAUAACCUUCCCAGCCGUCGUCGGUGCUGUUGAAAAUGAACAAAAUAGUUUCCCAGAAUUGAACAUAGCCAGGCCUUUCCUGUCGAACGAUAACGAAGACAGCGAAGAUGAUACACUCGACGUAGACGACUCAGACUCUGAGAAGGUCGUUAACAAUGAGCUCAACUCAUGCUUCUUAGACAUGGUAGAAACACUGUCCAAGCAAGCGCCGAGAACAAUACAGCAGGUGAAAUUACUAGUUAAGGAGCUCCAAAGAAUCAAUUUACUGUGGGACGAACUGUGCUUGGGUACUCUCGUCCAGCAUCACUCCGAUUUCAGUAAGAGACUUACCCAACUCGAAGCCGAAGUUAUAAAAGUAAAAAAUAAUACGAAUUUGUCCGCGGAAGAAAAAGAAAAGCUCAUCAAAGAAAAACAUCGCAUAAUAUUUGAACCGAUCGUGUUCGUGUUGGAGCAACUCAAUCAGAUCACUUCUGCCAAGCCCGAGACCCCCCACGAAGCCGCUUUCCAGGCGAGAUUCAAAGAUGCAAUCGCAGAAGUGAUAGAUAAGAUAAAGAAUCCGGCAAACCCGGAGAAACCACAGGAGUCUUGGGCACCCCUGAAGCAAUUGCAGAUUAAGUUACAACAAAAAGUAAAUAAAAGAACAUCCUAUGUACUGAAAAUGUCAGAUAUCAGCCCCGUGCUCGCCGAAUUAAAGGAUACAGUGAUAACGAUGCCCGGACUGCACACAAACCAGAGAAAAGUCAGUGUGAGGAUAAAGUCUAUAGAGAACAACGUAACAAUAUUGCCGACGAAGACCAGACCGAAGAAAUUGGUGUUUAAUGGAUCAGAUGGAAAAACUUACACAUACCUUUUCAAGGGCCUCGAAGAUCUACAUCUGGACGAGAGGAUUAUGCAGCUUCUGUCGAUCACGAACACAAUGCUGGCGCGGGACUCCGAGAGCAACGACAACCAGACGUACCGAGCCCGCCACUACUCCGUCAUACCACUCGGCCCUCGCUCCGGCCUCAUCAGCUGGGUCGACAACGUCACGCCCCUGUUCGCGCUGUACAAGCGCUGGCAGAAUCGCGAAGCGGCCAUCCAGUCCGCCAAAACUAACAAGACCGUCAACGUUCUUCGACCGUCCGAGCUGUUCUACAACAAGCUCAAUCCUCUCCUGAAGGAGGCCGGCAUAUCGACAGAGAACCGAAAGGAGUGGCCUGUGUCCAUCUUAAAGCAAGUCCUGGAGGAGCUGUCGGCUGAGACUCCGAAGGAUCUGCUGUGGCGCGAGCUGUGGUGCAGCAGCGUUAGCCCCGAACAGUGGUGGCAGAUGACGCGUCGGUACAGCUACUCGGUGGCGGUGAUGAGCAUGAUCGGCUACAUCAUCGGUUUGGGUGACAGACAUCUGGACAAUGUGCUAGUGGACUUGACGUCGGGCGAAGUGGUGCAUAUAGACUAUAACGUGUGCUUCGAGAAGGGCAAGACGCUGCGGGUGCCGGAGAAGGUGCCGUUCCGGAUGACGCCGAACCUCGUCACGGCGCUGGGGGUCACCGGUGUUGAGGGCAUAUUCCGUUUGGGGUGCGAGCACGUGGUGCGGACGAUGAGGCGGGGCCGCGAGACGCUGCUGACCCUCCUGGAGGCGUUCGUGUACGACCCGCUGGUGGAGUGGGGCGGGGGGCGGCGCCGGCGCAGCUCGCGACACGUGCGCGCCGCGCGGGCCAUGCUCGCCGUGCGCGUGCGCGAGCUGAAACACACCGCGGCCGAGAUCACAGAUCAGAUCUUGGCCCUUCUGCCGGAGAUAAAACAGCACGCGGACAAGUGGAUCGAGGAGGACGAGGAGCUAAAGUCGAUCGAGGCGAAGCUGCAGAUGUCGCACCAGCAGAUGGCGCUGAUCAAGGAGAUCGACGCGUACGGCGCCAACCUCGCCACCCACCCACUCUACAACAUCUCGCAGAAGUACAUGUCCUACAAGCAGGCCAAAAACGCCGUCGAAGACUCCAUGAAGGCCCUCGUCAAGAUUCUCAACGACUUCGACACACAGAUAGAGAGUUUCGCCACGACCAACGACGUGCUCAACGGGCCCCAACUGAUGGCGUGGAUGCAGGAGUUUGCCGCGCCGCACGAGGACGACGGGAAGCCCAUCUUCGAGCACAUCAAGGAGUUCCUCACCAACGCCGGCCAGAGCUCCUUGAUGACGCAGUGCGAGCAGGCCGAGACCGAGCUGCACCAGAGCAUGCAGCAGACCGGCGCGCUGGUGCGGUCGUGCCUCGAGCUGCUGUCGCAGUACGUGGCAGUGGCGCAGUACUACCCGCAGACGCUGACCGAGUAUCACCGCGUCCUGAUGUUCCGCAAGUACCUGGCCGCGGCGCUCGAGAGCCGCUCGCCCGAGGUGUGCCGGGAGGUGGCCGGUCAGGUCGCCGCCCUCGUCAGCGCCGAUGCCGACGCCGCCGACGCGCAGCAGCUCGCUGCCUACAACUACCGCCUGCAGCAGAUCAACGCCGAGGCCAACGCCAACCUCGCCCGGUGCCUGGAGCGCCUGCAGCUGGAGGGCGGGCCCGACGCCGUGGCGCUCGCCGAGCGGGCCUAUGACGAGGCCAAGACGACCGUCGACAACUGGAUGAGGGUCGAGGAUGGAGCAGUCGCUGCCGUCGAAAGUGUAGUGAUCGGGAUGCUGUGCAACAUCAACAGACGUUACUUGAUACUAGAGAACGGUGCUCAGAGCGCCGGCGACUGCCUCGUGGAUCUCACAUCUAGAGAAGGGGAGUGGUUCCUGGACGACAUGAGCUCGCUAUCCUCACAGGCAGUGGAGCUACUGUCAUUGCUGCCGCUGCAGGCGCUGACUCCAGAAGACGCGCCGCUGCAGGCCGCCGUAGAAUGCGUCAGGAACGCGAACCUCCUGCUGGCCGACCUCGUCCAGCUCAACUACAACUUCAGCACCAUCAUCCUGCCCGAGGCCCUGAAGAAGGUGCACUCGGAGGACCCGUCCGUGCUGCUGAUGAUCAGCGAGCUGAACCACGUGAUCAUGAACACGCCCGUCCCGCUCAACGAGCUGCUCACCCAGCUCGAGAUGCACUUCAGAUACUUGGUCAUGGAUAUGGAGUCGCCAGCUUGCGGUGCGGUGACGAUCGCGGCAUCGCUGCGGGCGCGUUACGAAGCGUUGCUGCGCGGCGACAGCGCGGGCCGCAUGCUGCUGAUGGGGUUGAACGGGCUGUUCGCGGCGGUGGAGCUGCGAGCACGGGAACUGCACGACGCGCUGCCGCCGCUGCCGUCCGCCGCCCGCAAGAUCGACCACGUCGUCGACGCGACUCACAUGUCGGGUGCGAUGGCCCGCGGUCGGCUGCGCGGCGUGCUGGAGGACAUGUUCCUGGUGCGGCGCGUGCAGACCGCAGCGGAGGUGUUCGCGGCGUGCGCGCACCUCGCGCUCGCCGCACGAGACCCCGCCCCCGCCGACCCCGCCCCCGCCGCAGACGACGCCGCGCUCUGCAAGCCCGUGCGCAGGUUCACGGCGGAAUACGUAUCGCGGUGCGUACUGGGCGUGCCCUCGCGCGCGCUGGCGUCUGCGGUGUGCUUGCUACUGCGCACGCGCAUAGAUCUGCGUGCCGAAGUCGAGCAGAAGGAGAUAGGUGCGUCAUGGACCGUCUCACUGGAGUCUCUAUGCGAGAAGGCGUGCACGUCGACUAGCCAGACGGAGCGGGCGUUAUCACUGGCGGGGGCGCUGCAGGCGGCGCGCGCGCGGCUGUCGCGCGUGCAGCGAGCGGCUGCGGACGCCGAGCGUGCGCGCGCCGCAGCACGUGCGUCGCGACUUCGUGCGGCCGCACACUCGCAGUUGCAUGCUGAGGUGCUCAAGAACGGCCAAGACCCAAGCCCUGCGCUGGGACGGCGGGCACGCGAGUUGGCCGCCGCUGCCGAGCGUCUAACCACCGCAGCUGCGCGGGCGCAUACACUGGUUGCCGCCGCUACACACAGGGUCCGUUGGGGCGCCGGCGCGAACCCGGCACUCGGCCGAGUGGCGGGUGCGCUAGAGGCGGCGUGGGGCGGAGCUAACGCACGCGCUGCGUCGCUCGGUGCGGCAGCGCGCGCGCUCGUCACGCACGCUCGAGCCGCCGCCGCACGCGCCGCUGCGCCGCAACGCGCACACCGCACCGCGCGAACUGCGUUGGCACACUGGGAGAAGGCUUGCACACUGGCGCAGAAGUACGCGCUGGCGGUGUCGCCGGUCGAGGAGUCACUGAUGGAGAUGUUACACCCCGAGGGCAGUAUCGACAAACACUGGGUGGAGGUAGUAUCAGCGUUAGUCGGCGACAUGUCGCAGUCGCUGAGCGCCGCGGCGACCGCAGCGACAAGUCGCGCGACAGUCGCCGCGACCGCACUAGACGCGGCGGCCGCGCGGCUGUCAUCGCCGCUGGCGGCGCGUGCGCAGCUGCUUGCGGAUUUACGCGCGCCGCUCGCAGCGCUGCAACAUAUUAAUGAUGGAGACAACCCAGCGGCAGAGUUCUCGACUCGCUGGCGGCGCGCGGGCGACGAGUUGUCGCGGCUGACGGCGGGCGACGCGCGCGCGGCCUCCGCCGCUAUCGCCAGACUCGUGGCCGACCUGCCUGAGCUGCUGCAGAUGUUGAUGCAACUCCCGAACAACUUGAACGAGGCAGGAGGCAAGAAGUUGACCCGACAGGCGGCCGUCACCACGCCGCGCCCUGCCUCCAAACACGGCGGCGGCGGCGAGCAACGCAGCGCGACGGGCGCGUCCGUGUGGCGGCGCGUGAGACUUAAGCUGGAGGGGCGGGAACACGCGCGACGCCCCGCCCCGCGCGACCAGGUGGAGCACUUGAUAUCUGAGGCGACGAGCGCCGAGAACCUGUGCAUGAUGUACGAGGGGUGGAUGGCGUGGGUGUGAGCGCUCCCGCGGCACCGCCCUCGCACCGCCCCCCGGCCGCCCCCCGCGCCGCACGCGCCUGCGCCGUCCGGCCCGAGCGCCCAAGGCACGGGGACCGCAACGAUAGCGUCAAGCCCGACACGUCACGGCGAUGACGUCACACGACCGAUGACGUCACGCAACCCCCCCGACGUCACGCAGACCGCUGACGUCGCGGAGAGGGGCGAGCCCCGCCCACCACCGCGGAGGCCCCGCCCAUUCGAGGAUCGACUACUAGACGAUUAGGAUUCAUCGUAUCGGUAGUAAUUCACGUUUAAGUAUAGUUAAGCACGGUAACCGAUAGAAUAGUUUAAGACGAGCCCAGCUUCUGUGUCGCGCGACAUGUAUUUUCCAAAUACAACUGUUAUUUUUGCAAUUGAAUACCUCGUUGUAUCCAGACUCACAAGUAACACUACCUGCCAGAGUACACACUCGCGCGCUUAUCUAAAAUAAUAAAACAAUUCCAUU